CGGGUUGCCCCGCUUACAGCCGGAGCUGGGCAUACGUAAAGGGAACAAGAUCACAGCGACAUGAUCCGACAGGAGAACUUCCAGGUUAUCUAGAUGCCAGGAUAUCGGGAAGUUCCACAGAACGUGUGCGCGGCGCCAUGUAAACAGUAUCACAGCGAUACUGAUCCAAUUCUGUCAAGAACACCGCUGGUUCAAGUCCUUUGCUCGCAAUGCCGUUUAGCCAGAGGCUGCUACGGCGGCUGCCCUUCUCGGAAUCGACAACACCGCUCCAGGCGCUGACGUAUCUGCUGGGGAUCUCCCUGUUCAGCAUUUCGUUCCUUGUCUUUCUCAACAGCAGUGUCUCGUUCGUGAUCACAGACCUGAUUGGCAUCAAGCAUGGUGUGGGCGAUAUCGUGGGGACGCUUGGCUUUGUCGACGAAGUAGUAGCCCUCGUUGCGUGUCCCAUAUGGGGCCUCGUCUCGGACCGCAGCGGCGUCCGCGCUGUGGCCGUCACCGGAUACGCAGUUAUUGGCCUAGCACUGUUCCUCUUUGUUCAGGCGCGCAAUGUCUAUCCGCAGUUGCUGCUCGCCAGAACCUUCUUCGCGGUUGGCGCUACAGCUGCGGCCACUAUGGUGACUGCCAUUCUUCCAUCCCUAACGGACGAGACCGGUGCAGCCGAGAGUACACGCAAGCCAUCAUCACCAAGUGGCAGGCCCAGUGUCGCCCUCUCUGUCGACUCCGAGGCGACUAUCACCCCUGAGUGCUUCCAACACGAGGCCAGCUACUCCCCGCAACUUGGGGGCGAACCAGCCACGGGCUCGGGAAACACGGGGAAGCCGUCGGCGCUGGCUGGCUAUGUCGGUCUGUUCACAGGCUGCGGCGCCCUUGUUGCGCUUGGGCUGUUCCUUCCGCUGCCGGCCCGUUUCAGCACUAUCGAAGGUCUCACCCAAGCCGACGCAGUGAAAUACAGCUUCUACGUCGUUGGACUGAUCUCAUUCCUGGUCGCAAUCUUCGUCUUCUUCGGGUUACGCGGUCUCAGGGGAGAGGAAGGGAAAGGAUGGCGGGCGCUUCUCGGUCUGCGAGGCUCAACCCCAGAGGGUGCAGGUUCCGAGGCGCCACUCGCUCCCAGAAACAAGGUCCUCCCCUAUUGGCACCUCCUGAAAGACUCGAUCACCCUAGGCUUCACCGACUCGGAAAUCGCCCUAGGCUACCUGGGCGGCUUCGUCGCGCGCGCCUCGACCGUCGCCAUCUCGCUCUUUCUCCCACUCUUCGUCAAUGCCUUCUUCAUCCGCAACGGUUUCUGCCAGGGCUCCCCCAACGAUCCAUCCCCCGAGCUCAAGAAGGAGUGUCGCCAGGCCUACGUUCUGGCCUCCAUCCUGACCGGCGUGGCCCAGGUCUUCGGGCUCGUCUGUGCGCCCCUGUUUGGCUACCUCUCAAGCCGGACGGGCAGGGUGAACUGGCCGAUCGUGGUGUCCACGGUCUUUGGGAUUGCGGGCUAUCUCGCCUUCCCGCAGCUUUCGAGCCCAGAGUACAAGGAUGUGGAAGGUCGCGGAGGAAGUCCGGUUGUGUUCUUCCUCGCUGCGCUGAUCGGGAUCAGCCAGAUCGGCGCCAUCGUCUGCAGUCUGGGUUCCCUGGGCCGGGGUGUGCUGAAGGUUGACAUUGUGAAUGUGCUGACCACCCUUGAUGGCGACCAGGAGACGCUGAUUGAGACGGCCGAUGGUGAGAAUGAGACCGCGCCCUUGUUGGAGAACCCGGCCGAUUUGCCAGAGGAUACUGUAUCGAGAGUCCGGCUGAAGGGGUCGGUUGCUGGCGUCUAUUCGUGGUGUGGGGGUGCUGCGAUCCUGCUACUGACGAAACUGGGAGGUUAUCUGUUUGAUUCGUGGUCUUUAGGCGCGCCGUUCUAUUUGAUGGCUAUUUUUAAUGGGUUGUUGCUGCUCGCAAGUAUUGGGAUCGAUAUUGGGCGAGCUGCGAAGAGGAGAUGAGGCCUGGGCUGCAACAAAUGGCCAUAGGGGUUAUGUAUGUGUAAGAACGAACAUCAGGCCAAGAGCCUUUCGGAACUAGAUGCGCAUUGAGACAGAAUCCCAAAUGCAAUUCAUGAGUAUGGUCGGUUUAUGUUGUGAACCAGAUACUGGAUGCCGGUCCCGGGGUACAGAGCCAACUACCAGUAGCUGCAUUCCUAGUCAGAAUUCCCGAAUCUAUCAUUCAGGUGGGCAAGUCCGUAAUCAUUAUAAUCCUUCAUUGUCUUCGCUGUCACUGACAUAGGAUGGUCAGCGAACUUUUGCUUAGGUAGG